AUGGAUCUCGUGCAAAGAGGAAAUCUUCCUCAAGCAGUGAUGACAGCUCCAGUGAGGAAGAUGAAACACCCCCAGCCAAGAAACCAGAAAGUAACAAAACCAGCAGCGAAGCCAGCUGGAACCAAAAUCCAGCCUCAGAAGAAAGCAGAGAGCUCCAGCUCUGACUCGAGCAGCUCAGAUGAGUCAGCAGCACCAAAGAAACAGCCACCAAAACCGGUGACACCUAAAUCAGGAAGUAAAGCUGCCCAGGUGACUACCAAGCUGAUUAACGGAAAAGCAGCAAGCAGUAGCAGCAGUAGUGAAGAUUCUGAUGAGGAAAAGGCUGCCCCAAAGAAGGCUGUUCCCAAGAAAUCGCCUGUACUCAAACCUACAGCCACUCAAGCAUGUCCAGGCAAAACCAAACCUGCCGAGGAAAGUUCCAGUAGUGAGGACUCUUCUGACAGCUCAGAGGAUGAAAAGCCAGCUGCAAAACAAAAGCCAAAGUCUGGUCCAUACAGCGCUGUGCCACCUCCUCAAGCUACACAGCAAAAGAAAGGCCUUGCCAAGGCUCCUGCAAAAAAGGCUGAGAGUAGUGACUCCUCAGACAGCAGUGAUGAGGCAGAGCAGGUGCCCACAAAGGGAGGAGCAGGCAAAGCAGUGGUGGCUAAAACAAUUCCUGGUCCCAAAAACAAAGCUGUGACUGCCAAGAAGGCCGAAUCCAGUUCGGACAGUGACUCAGAUUCUAGCUCUGAGGAAGACAAGAAGGUAGAGAGUAAGCUCCCUGCUAAGCAGCCUCUGAUAAAGAAUCCUUCCAAACCAGCAAAGGUAGCUGCCAAGCCUGCACAAGCAAAGAAAGACUCCAGCUCCUCCUCGGACAGCUCAGAUUCUGACAGCUCUGAAAAUAAGGCCCCUGUGAAGCCCGCAACUAAAGCAGCACCCCCUGCAACUAAGAAGUCACAAUCUACCUCAAAGAAAGCACAAAAUAGCUCUGAUUCAGAUAGUAGCUCCAGCAGCUCUGAGGAUGAGAAGAAGAAGAAGGCCACUCCAGCUAAAUUAACUGGCAGAGCAGGCAAGCCGAUGCCCAAGUCUUGCACCCCAGCUCCCAAAGCGAGCUCGUCAGACUCUGAUAGCUCAAGCAGCGAGGAAGAGAAGAAGCCAACAGUGAAACCAGUCAGCAAAUCUGCAGGGACCACAAAAGCAACUGUGGGGAAGAAGGUGGCUGCUGCUAACAGUAGUAGCAGCUCAUCUGAUAGCUCCAGUGAAGCAGAUGAGAAGCCCAAAAAGGCAGGGAAAGGGGCACAGAACAGUUCUCAGACCACUGCUUCCACAGAGAAAUCAAAAGCUUCAUCCACAUCAGCAACAAAUAAUCUGAAGUCUAAACCAGCUGGUGGCAGCAGUAGCAGCAGUGAAAGCAGCUCUGAAGGAGAGACGGGAAAAGCAAAUGGAGGCAUGAUCAAGAAGAAACGGAAGAGGGAAGAUGUCCAGGAGCCGGAAACACCAGACAGUAAAAAGGCUAAGAUCAAAGCCAAAACACCACACACGUUUCCCAAGGUGAAACAGCCAGCUUCUCCAUUCCGACGAGUAAGAGAAGAAGAGAUUGAGCUGGAUGCCCGCGUUGCUGACAACUCGUUUGAUGCAAAGAGAGGAGCUGCUGGUGACUGGGGUGAGAAGGCUAACAAUAUCCUGAAAUUCACCAAAGGCAAAUCUUUUCGCCAUGAGAAGACGAAGAAAAAACGAGGCAGCUACCGUGGGGGCACUAUAUCAACUCAAGUCAACUCCAUCAAGUUUGAAAGUGACUGA